AUGGGUCUUUUCAACGGGUGUCCAUUGUCUGAAAUGAUUCUCUCCGUUCCUUUUGAACUUAUAGGAUCUUUUGGAGAAGAAGACGAAAAUGUAAAAAACGUGACCGGGAUUCUUGGGGAGUCGGUCGCUUUCCAGCUGAAGUUUUCCUCACCAUUUGAAAUAAUUACUUGGCAGAGAACGAAGGGAAAGGAUGUUGAUACCGUUGGCGUCUUGAAGCAGGGAGAGAAAUGUUCAUCCAUCAUAAGCCUCAUAAGCUUGCAAGGGCGACUGAAUGUCUCUGAAGACUGCAAGACGAUUGAAAUCCUCCGCCUGCAAGAAGAGGACUCGGCCACUUUCAGGGCUCAGGUCCAAAUCCCUGAAAAGAAAGAGUUAUUAAUUUUCCUCUUCCGCCUCCAAGUCUUCAGGCAUUUGCUAGAUUCAGACGUGCAAAUCCAUUGCGAAGCCAUCGGGAAUGAGACUUGGAGGCUGAACUGCUCCGCGGGAGAGUCGGAGGAAGGCGUCACGUUCCAGAUGGGUGCCAAUGGGCAAAAGGAACAUUCCGGAAGGACCCUGGAUGUCUACGAUGGCAGAGGGAAGGGAGAGAACCUGACUAUCUCUUGCACAGCCAGGAAUCCCAUCAGCACCGCCUCCAGCACACGGCCCUUGCGGGAUCUCUGUGGAAAGGAAGGCCGUCGCAACGUCAUUUUAGGAGUGUUGAUUUCCUUCGUUUUAAUAGUGAUUGCAGUUUGUGUAGUGGUUUUGUAUUGUCGUUGGCGGAGAAAAAAAGGUGCCUCCGGCCUUGGAGCAAGUCCUGCAGAACCCGAAGAAUGCAAGAGCAUUUAUGCCCAAGUUGGAGAGAUUUUCCAGGACCAGGACGUGCAGAGCUCUCGGCCGAGGACCGCCCCCCAAAAAAAGAAGCCACAAGCCUCACAGACAAUUUAUACAACCGUGGAACAUCCGCCCAAAACGAAUCUUUUGCAAACGGACGAUGAGAAGAUGCGGAAAGGGAGACAAAGGGAAGAAGCAGCCGAGAAAACCGUUUAUUCGGAGAUAACUAAAUCCUCCGAGAGUGAGGACCAGAGCCUCAAGACGGUCUACGAGACAGUGAAGAACCCUCAGCCUCCCAAGAUGCAAGAGAUCAUCUAAGAGGGAUCAUAUGUUCUUGGCCCGACCUUAUUCUCCAUCUUCAUCGCUAUGAUACUUCAUCUUGUCGAUGCGAAAUUUCCAAUGCAGUGGAAAUCAUCUAUGGGACAGAUGGCAAGCUGUUUAACCUCAGCAGACUGGUCACAACAACAUCUAUUAUAGAAUUCCAGUAUGCUGAUGACAACGUCCUCUGUGCUCAUUCAGAAGACCUACAAGCCAUUCUAAACACCUUCGCAGAAGCAUACGAGAAGCUCGGCUUCUUCUUUAUCUCACUCUGGUUUUAAUUAGUUUUAAUCAAUUUUACAUGUAGUCCUCCCCUUUUCACUGUGAUUGUGUUUAUUCUAAUUUUAUACUGUUAUGUUUUCACAUGUUUUAUGUAAUUAUGAUUUUAUUGUUUUUUGGAUUGUGUUUUCGGUUUUAUGCUGCUCUGAUUUGUGUUUGGGCUUGGCCUCAUGUAAGCUGCACCGAGUCCCCAUUGAGGACAUGGUGACAUGGCAUAAAUAAAGUUUAUUAUUAUUA